GUGUAAGUACUGGCAUUAUGAUGACAGACUGAUGACCUCCAGUGUGGUGAUAGUCUUCCAUAAUGAAGGCUGGUCUACACUGAUGAGAACCAUCCACAGUGUCAUCAAGCGGACUCCCAGUAGAUACCUGGCUGAGAUAGUCAUGAUAGAUGACUUCAGCAACAAAGAGCAUCUGAAGGAGCGUUUGGUUGAUUACAUCAAGCAGUGGAACGGUCUUGUAAAACUCUUCAGGAAUGAGAAGAGAGAAGGACUGAUCCAGGCCAGGAGUAUAGGAGCACUGAAGGCCACUAAAGGACAGGUGCUGAUCUACCUGGAUGCUCAUUGUGAGGUUGGAGUCAACUGGUAUGCUCCACUGGUUGCUCCUAUUUCAAAAGACAGAACGGUGUCUACGGUGCCUCUGAUCGACUCUAUCAACGGCCAGAGUUACACCAUGGAGCCCCAGGGUGGAGGAGACGAGGACGGCUUCGCUAGGGGAGCCUGGGAUUGGAGCAUGCUCUGGAAGAGAGUUCCUCUGGGAGACAAAGAAAAAAAACGGAGAAAAACUCAGACUGAGCCAUAUAGGUCUCCAGCCAUGGCGGGGGGGCUCUUUGCUAUAGAGAGAGACUUCUUCUUUGAGCUGGGUCUGUAUGACCCAGGGCUUCAGAUAUGGGGAGGAGAGAAUUUUGAAAUAUCAUACAAGGUAGAUAUUGAAUUCAAGGAUCUCCAUCGGUUCACUCAUAUGCCAACAGGGAAAUGUCUGGACCGCUCCGACCUGCUCCACAAAGUCUUCAUAGCAGACUGUGACAACAGUAAAACCACUCAGAAAUGGGAGAUGAAUAACAUAGUGGCUGUCUGAACACCACUGGCACAAGGAGAACCACUUAAAAACACAUCCGUACUCAUCGUUUACAGAUAAAGCCAGCAGAUACUGUCCUUUGAAGAAAUCAUGUGUUUGAUUUGAGCCAGUCAGUGUCAGUGCUUCUCAAUGAAAAAUACUGAGUUUUGACUUUUAACAGCUUCAACCAAAAACAGUUGGUUGGAACUGUUGCUCCAUAAGCUCAUGCAUUACACAGACAAUCCAGGUGGCAGAAGUACAACUGGAAACCUGCUCUGUCUCUGUCCUUCAUACUGUUGGUUUUUCACUCGUUCUUUCUGUUCUUUUGGUCUUUGGCUCUCAGGUCUUUUCUAAACCACUACAUUGAUUCAAGAAAUCAAAAUCUACCCUGGCUAUUGAACAGUCAUGCUCUUAUUAGACCUUCCAAUCAACUGUUAGCUCACCUACCAAAGAGUCUUUUUUAUUGGUGGAGGAUUCAUCAGUGCAGCAGGUGAUGCUGGUUGGUCCCAUGAAUGUUUACGUUUCGGCUUGUUUUGUGUAUUUAAACAAUCAACAUGUAAGGACGACCAUCUGUAACUAUUCUUCUGCUUGGCCCUGUUCAGCCAUCUCUUUCAAAAAAGCCCAUAGGCAAUUUCACCAUGUCAGUGAAAAUACAGCAACCUUCCUCCAGGGAAGGUUAACCCUAACCCGAACCCUAACCCAGAGAUGGAAGACACGUGCUGAACAUGCUGACACUAACCUGUGUCAAUGUUAAAUUGUUUUUGCUUGUUCUUCACAUUUGCACUCUAGAGGGUUUUUUCAUCUCCAACUAAAGGGCCAUUCUAGCUUGCAACUAGUACAGUACUCCAACGGCUUAAUUUGAUUAUUGAAUAAGCAGGAUUCAAUUAAAAAGUUGAAUAUAAAGCAAACUAUACAGUGUUUGUUUCCCUAAAGCAUCUCAAGGUCCAUUGUUAGUGUGCCAUGCCUUAAACUUAAUUGUAUUGGUUGCCUAUAACUUAUUUUGUUUUCCAUUGGCUUCCAUCACCGUCCACUGACAAUGCGAGGCUUAAGAGGAACCUAAGGAGAACACAUCUGAGAACAGUGAUCUGACCUGCCUUACUGACAGUCCUGAUGAGAAGAUCAGUUGCUGACCAGCUGUCUUUCACCUAGUAACUGUCUGUCUGAUAAUGAAAGGAAAAAUGUGUGGUUUGGGUUGGAAAUUAUAGAAGUGAGAAAUUGACACAAUUACACUUAAUGGGGUGGGGGUUCAUUCUUCAUGAAGAUAAUGUGGGGGUUUUGGUUUGUUUUGCAAGGUAAAGAGGGUUUGGUGAAUGGCUGAUGAUGUAUGCAAUGUUUUGUACAAUGUAAAUAGAUUUCUUUGUAAAGAUCAAUCAUAAUUGCAUUUUGUGAAGGGCCUUGAAUGAUGUAAAUAUCUAACUUAUAGCAGAAAUGUAAUAAUGUGGGCUGAAAAAUGGGUGAUAGAACAAAUAAAAGAUCAGAUUUUUA